GCUCUCGCCGCCGUCGCAUAUCCCGCCGCCGCUGCUACACCGUCUAGCAGUAUCCAACAUCCCCACGACAUGCGGUGGUCAUGGACAGGAAGGCCCUCCUCGUUCCGUGCGGCCUCGUCUUAGCAUCCAGCUACCUCUCCACCUCCAUUCCGACCAGCUUUGCCCUCGACCGCCCGCUCCACACCACGGCCAUCGUCUUGCUCUUGUCUGGCCUGGCCAUUGUUGCCUACGAAACUUGGGCCCUCAAAAACCGCCGCCCGAAUGCGAGUGACCGCGGAUACGUCGCGAUUCCCCUGGCCGAGGGCAAUGGCCGCCCUUCAUCCGAAGAAACAUGGCCGCUACAAGAGCGUCCCAUGCCUAGAGGUAGCCUCACUAGGAAGCGCAUUGCCUUGUUACUCGUAGCAUUGCUAUUCCUACUGGGCGCUCGCAUCACCAUUUUCUGGGCUGUCCUGAAAGAGGUGGAAUGCAGUGGCCCAACUUUGAUGGCAUUUCUCCCUCUGGUCCUCGCUCUCUAUCACGGUUUUCGCGAAUCGCGCGAAACCUCCCCACGGCAAAAUCCGGUUUGGUCUGCCUUCAGCUCCUCGGCCGCGUCCUAUCUCGAUAGCUUUGUCAACUUUUUCUUGCAUGGCCCUACCCGCUAUAUCCUCCCUUCGCUGCUACUUGCCAUCAGUAGCUUCCUUACUACCCUCAAGACAAGUGCCCUCCGCUCUACAUACAUUUGUCCCGCUGCCACCUCCUCUGCCUUCCUUCUUCCCAAAUUGCAGUUUCUCGGCUUCGCUGUAGACUGCAUCAUUGUGCUCAUCCUCUACCAUCUGGUUGACGAAGGCAUCAAUCAAUCCGAUCACCCCUCACCGCCCGAGUCCAAGGAUGGCACCUCUAUCCAUGGGCUUAUCGGUUAUACGUUCAUUGCUUCGGCUUUGGCACUUAGUUUUGCAGGCAUUGUCAUCUACGGAUCCAUGCCUGAACAUCGCGAGUGGAUGUUAUACGCUCCUCGCGAAUACUUACUUGGUCUUCUUCGUUUGUCUUUGAUGAUACCCCUCAUGAUGUUAUGUUUUCUUAUCUCGGCUCGUGUGCACGGUGUCAUGGGCGCUGUUCUGAUUACGGCUUUUUCAUCUGCAUAUAUCGGCGUUCUUCGGGCUCUUGCCACUGGCGUUUCCUUCUCUUUUCCACCAAAAUCCACCGUCGGACUUUCCCUCUGUUUAACACUUCUUACUAUGGCUCUUGCCCUUCAACUGGUAGCUGAUGCGAGCGAUGAGAACCGCAGACCCAAGGUGAUUGUGCGGCUUGGGCGACACCAGAAUUUUGCUGUCAUCGGCCUCCUUGUCAUCUUCUCGAUUGGCGUAGGCGUCUACCGCUACCAAAAGCCUUCUUUUGGACAUCCAAUCUCCACUCUGAUCGGCACAGCCGAUGUACAGCACCAGCGUUGGCUGUACCAAGCACGUCGGGGUAGUACACUGUCUGAUGCUGUAGCACGGUAUCAGGAACGCUACUCUCGCGAUCCACCCCCUCAUUUCGACAAAUGGUUCGAAUUUGCAAUGCAGCGAGAGUCCAUUGUCAUCGACGAUUUCGACAAUAUUGAGCAGGAUCUUGCGCCAUUUUCGUCUCUUAGCCCUGCCGAACUCCGGCAGCGUACCGCUCAAUUACUUGCGCACAACGAAGGCCUAGGUGGCAUUCGCAUCCGCAGUGGAAAAGCAAAAAUUUACGGAAAUGUUGCAGAUACACACAGGUGGAUGCUGGAGGGGGUGAUGGCAAUGAUUGACAAAUUUGUCGAGUUCAUUCCGGACAUGGAUCUUGCCUUCAACCUCGACGAUCAAUGCCGUGUCGCUGUACCGCAUAAGCAAAUGCAACAGGCUCUCUUACACCGUGAACGGUAUCCCGAGCACACAUCGGCCGAUGGGACCAUUGAAUUCCGUCCUGACCGCGCCUCUACCUGGCUCGAAAAUAGUGAUCUAUCUUCGUCCGCAGCAAUCCUUCACGCCGCGAAGAUGAAGCCGUCCUUCCAGUCACACGGCUCCGUCGCAUGCUCUUCGGAUUCACGCUCACGAAAAGAUCGCAAUUGGGAUAAAGGCGCCUUCUGCUCCGCAUGUGCCGCUCCUCAUUCCCUUGGUGCGUUUGUAGCCAACUGGACGCUCUCUGCAGACCCCUGCCAUCAACCAGAUCUUGCAAACCUCCACGGGAUGCAUAUCAGUCCUUCAGCCCUGACGGGUACGCAUGACCUUGUACCCAUUUUCAGCCAGAGCCGUGCCUCCGGAUAUGCCGAUAUCAGAUAUCCUUCCCCCUGGAAUUACGUGGACAAAGCCAAAUACGAAUUCAAUGACAAGUAUCCGGAUCACAACUUUGUAAGCAAAGAAAAUAGCCUGUUCUGGCGCGGCAGUACUUCCGAGGGAGUUGCUAAAUCUGGAGCAUGGAAAGGCAUGCUCCGACAACGUCUCGUACAUCUCGCAAACAAUGAGACAUCACGACAACCUAUAUUUCUACCAAAAGGCCAGAAAUCGAGAAGACUGGAAUACGUCAUGGAGCGACCAGAGACUAUUAAGAACUUACUCGAGACACACCUAGACGUCCGGUUUGUCGAACCUAUAGUCAACUGUGGUCAGCCUGACUGUUCAGACCAAGAAGCUGAAUUCUGGUAUGGAACUCAGAUUGAUUUCAAUCAGCAUUGGCGUUAUCGCUUCCUCUUCGAUGCGGAUGGAGCCGGCUUCUCGGGUCGAUUUAUUCCUUUCCUACAGUCCAACAGCGUUGUGUUCAAGGCUGCCAUCUUCCGCGAAUGGUACGAAGGCCGUCUCAUUGCGUGGAAACAUUUUGUUCCCGUGGACAUACGCCUUCAUGAUCUAUUUUCAUCUCUCGCCUUUUUUGGUGGAUAUUCCGUCAAGGAAGGUGGAAAACGCAUGCUUCAGGCCAGGGAGAAAGAGGCCGAAUCCAUUGCCCGUGAGAGCAGGGUCUGGACCGCGAAAGUACUUAGGAAGGAGGACAUGGAAAUUUACAUGUUCCGGCUGUUACUAGAGUGGGGGAGGCUAACCGAUGAUCGGAGGAAGGAUGUAGGAUUUCGAGGGGAUUCCCGUGGAAGCAACUCCAUGGGGAACGGAUAG